AUGGAAGAAAUAAAGAUACCAUUUCACGAACAUCUUGUCAGACCUUGUACUCGCUUUCUAAAGGCCAUAUGGUGUGGUGCAUGCGGCGAAAAUCAAUACCGCAUAUACGGAGGCUACCGCUGCAAUGAGCUUGGCUGUGAUGAAGCGUUCCAUAAUGAAUGCGCUGAAGCCUUACCUGAAAUCAUCAACUCUUUUCAUCCCGAGCACCCUCUCACACUGAUCCAGGAUGAUGAUUUGCAUAAUGCUUGCAGUUUAUGUCAACAAAGGUUCAUACUUGGGUACAGCUGUUCAAUAUGCGACUUCCAGAUAGAUAUGAAGUGUGUGAGGAUACCACCCCCACUUGUUAUUUCUGAAAAUUCAUGCCUACACGAGCAUCCACUCAAACUAUCAUAUGGAGAGCCGUCAGACAGCUUGGAAUACGAUUGCGCAGUGUGUGGCUUUAACAUUGGCUAUAAACAUAAAUAUUAUUACAGAUGUCAUCAGUGCAAAUUUGCCAUCCAUCUUCGAUGUGUCGAUAAAGCUCCAGGAGCAUACCACACUUCCCAUCCCGAGCACCCACUCAAGUCAAUUAGUUCUCCACCUGAUUAUGCCGACAAAAAAUGCCUUCUUUGCGGGGAUGAGUUUGACGACAGCAAGCCCUGGCAUUUGGAAGAUAAAAAACUGCACCAUUGUGAUGUUUGUAAUUUCAGCAUAUGCAGAGGUUGUAAGACAAACCCACCACCAGUUUGUGUGGUAAGCUCGACGACACAUGAACAUCAACUUCAUCUUGUCCCAAGACGCAUGGACUUCACUUGCAAUGCUUGUGGGGCGUUAGGUGACCGAAGCUCUUAUUUUUGUCUUCAGUGCAAUUUCAUGAUUCAUCGAGAAUGCAUCGAUCUACCACGCGUUAUAAACAUCAACCGCCAUGAUCACCGCAUCUCUUACACUCGCCGCCUGGGACAUGGAGAGUCUCCAUGGAAAUGUGGAGUUUGCCGUAAGAAAGUGGAUGGGUUCUACGGGGCUUAUACUUGCUCCAAAUGUUCUACUUUUGUUGUUCACGCAAGAUGCGCAACGAGAAAAGAUGUUUGGGAUAAUGUGGAGCUGGAAGGGAUGCCCGAAGAAGAAGUGAUUGCGCCAUUCGAGGUGGUUGAUGAUAGCACAAUAAGACAUUUCAGCCAUGAUCAUAAUUUAUAUAUCAACAAAGAUGGCCAGAUUCUACAUGAAAACAUAGUUUGUGAAGCAUGCGUCUUCCAAAUUGGUUCAGAAUCGUUCUACAGUUGCAGGAAAUGCGACUUUAUUCUCCACGAAAAAUGUGCUAACCUUCCUCGUAAGAAACGUCAUGUGUGCCACAACCAGCCAUUCACACUAAACACAGUUUCUCGCUCUGAAGAAUGUUUUCUUUGUGAUAAACGAUUCUCCGGCUUCAGAUUCAACGGGUUAUAUGGUUAGACGAAUGCUUAGCUGUGAUAAGCUUAGCUGUGAUGAGUGUGACUUUAGCUUGGAGUUCAAGGACGCUGUUUUGCCGAAAAAAGUAA